AGCGUGCUGCAUCAGACUCCGUGACUUCCUCUGUGUAGCUCAUUGAUUGACGUCACGCAGCGGAAGCCUUAUUUUCAUGCUAAUAUGGCAGCGCCGUCGGGUGGAGGCGAUACGGGCAUUGGCAAUGACCAGAUACUUGCUUUGGGUUCUGCACUUCUCAAUAACUUCAUCUAUGAGCGGGUUCGUCGCCAUGGAGAUGGUGAUGCUGAAGUAACCCGGGAUCAGUUGGGUGGUGUUGAGCUGUGUGACCCCAGCCAUAAACGUCUUGCGCAGUGUUUGCAGCAGAUCGGAGAUGAGCUGGAUGGAAAUAUGCAGCUGCAAAGGAUGUUAAAUGACUCUGCUCUUCAACCGACUCAAGAUGUCUUCAUGCGAGUGGCCCGCGAGAUCUUCUCUGAUGGGAAGUUCAACUGGGGCAGGGUGGUGGCGCUUUUCUACUUUGCGUGCCGGCUUGUCAUCAAGGCUAUUUCAACCAAGAUUCCUGACAUCAUUAGAACCAUCAUUAGCUGGACUAUGUCCUACAUUCAGGAACAUGUUAUCAACUGGAUCAGGGAACAGGGUGGAUGGGAGGGAAUCCGCUCUUAUUUUGGGACCCCCACAUGGCAAACCAUCGGGGUUUUCCUGGCAGGAGUUCUCACCACAGUAGUGGUGAUCCGCAAGAUGUGAGAACGAGGACUGAUAAGAUGGUGGAGCGUGAGAGAAGAGAGAGUUGAGACAGUGAACAGAGGGUGAAACAGACCAGCAAAGGAGAAUGGAAAGAUGAGGGGGGAGCAGAAAGGGAUUUGGAGUAAAGAUAUACAGAGAAAGACAAAUAAGAGAGUUGAAAAUGACAUCAACUCACUGAAAGAGAUAGUGAAGAGGAGGAAAGAGUGAGAGUCAAGCAUGAUGCAGAUGUCUCGAGCCACUCUUGUUACUCCUGAGCCUGUGCCCUUUCUGAUCUACAACUUCUAAUAUUUGCACUGAAAAAUGAGAGAUUAAUGCGCAAGAGUUCAGGUUUAGGCAUAAUUUUAGCUAUUUAUUCUUAGUUAUGGGUUAUGGGUAUCUAGGUUAUAUAAAAGACUGUACUGGUAUUUGAUUUAAUUUAUUAAACAUUGUUUAAAUGCAGGAAUUUCUGAUUUAGAAGUCAUAUUGUUUUUGUUUUUUGGUCCAAAGUUUUGCGUAAUGACAGUUACAUUUAAUAAAAAUUUAUAAUAGCUUAUAAAUGUUGAAUUAUUACAAUAUCUGUCUUUCUUUUUUUUUUUUUUGAGUGUACGUCUGUCAUCUGAAAGAGUAGGAAUGGGCUCAGGCUGUAUUCUGCUGAUAUUUGAAUUUCUCUUCCUCUUUCCUCCUCUUCUUUGUUCACAGUCUCAACCAAUACGUCACAGCAGGGGCUACGAAAUGUCAAUGAAGUUGAUUAUACUUGAAGGUACAAUUUUAGCCUCUUAAGCAUUCAUAAAGUGUUUGCAGCAGCGUUUGAGCAGUGCAGCCAACCAAUCAGCACUCUGGCUGCAGUAUGUGGGCGUCUUAGUUUGUGUGAGCGCCGAGCCCCUCUUACGACAGGGAUGGGUGAUACUAGUGACUCUGAAAUGCAUUGAACUCUGAGCCAUGACAACCUUGUUUUUUACAGAACCAAAUAUUUUCCUUUUUGAAUAGUGGGGGGUCCUGCCUGACUAUCAGAACACUUGAAGUUUCGUUCCACAUAAGGGGACAUUGCGAAAAGCAGUUGGUUUUGCUUGAGCUGGUGCAAACAUUCGGUGUUUAAGGGAUAGCGCAUGGGCACAUACUCAUCUCAGACUUACGGACAGAUCAGUUGAGCUCUUCCCCUCAGCAAAGUCUUCUUAGUACUGUAUUUUAACUAUGGUUAGUCAGAUCCACAGUCCUAGCUUUACAUGCAAUUGUUCUUUUUUAUAUAUUUGUUUCUUUCUCUUUUGGUUGUUUGGAUACAGUUUCUUUUAUUUUUGAUUCUUUCGUUGACAGUGCCUUGGCCUUUUUAUGAUACUAGCCACCACUUUUUCAUCUUUUUCUACAUCUUUGUAAAAUGGUAUGAACUGUGCACCCUAAGGCAGUCUAUGUGCUUUGAGCCCAUGAGUUUGUUUUGUAAGAUGUAAAAUGAAACAAUAAAUUGUUUUUAUGGAUUUCAA